AAAAAAAAAAAAAAAAAAAGAGCACUACCAGACGAAAGCGUUGUGGGUGAUCGUAUUGGUUUGUGUGUGCCAACUAGAGUCGAUGACAGUUAUCAUAAUGUAUUUAAUUGUGAAUUUGCAAAUGACAAGCUUGGGCCCAGAAAACUCACUAUAGAUCAUUUAAAAGUUUUACGAGAAUCUAAAGGUAUAUUGGGUGACAUGAUCAUCCAAGAGUUCAUGCAAGCAAAAGAUGCAAGACGGUUAAUUAUUCCUAGUUUCGAAGCGAACAGUUUGGAAGGAGAAACCAAGCUAACGAAACCCGUCGCGUCCGGUCUUUAUACCGUACGGCACUUUGUGUCUGUUGAUAUACCCUAUCUUGUUCACGAUUUAUCAGUUUUAAGAGUAAAGCCCAUCCCCCGUUUGAAAUUCAUGAAGGUAAAUAAUAUAUAUAUUUCUUCUACUUCACCAUUACAUUAAAAAACAUUAGUAUCAUUCAAUCAAAGAUGAUCAUUUAUUACAUGGUGCUAUCAAAAGAGAGAGAAAAUUGAAAAAAAAAAAGAAGAGUUCA